AUGAGAGCUUUGCCAGAAGAAAAAGAUUUUAUUGAAUUUUUAUUAAGCGUCGGAAACGGUUCUACUAAUGAUGACAAUGAUAUAAUAAAAUUACCUGAAAGAAUUAUUGCUCCCCGAAAUGCAGAUAUCGUUCAAGAUACAUAUGCCGAAGUUAUUAGAAAUAAACGUUUCGAUGAACUUUCACAAUUUGCAAUUUUGUCUGCAAGAAAUGCUGAUGUAGAUGAGAUAAAUAAAAGAGUAGUACAAUUGUUAGAUAGUGCGGGAGAAACAAAAUUUACAAGUAUUGAUAGUACUGAAAAUUGUGGUAAUGAUAAUAAUACUGAAGUUAUUUUACCAGAAUAUCUUCAUAGUUUAUCACCACCUUCCCUUCCGCCGUACGAAUUAAAAUUAAGAAUUAAUACUGUUGUAAUACUUAUUAGAAAUCUAAGCAUUAACGAGGGUUUGUGUAAUGGUACAAGAUUAUUAAUUAAGGGUUUAUCCAACAAUCUUCUUCAAUGUGAAAUAUUAACUGGUGAUAAAAAAGAGUGCGUUCCUAUGACAGUGUAA